UUGUCCUAGUGGAAAAAAUGCGUGUGGAACAGAAAUAUCUACACAGCAUUUAUUUAUCCUGCAGUGCUGAUAUUCAGGAAUAGAUGUGGCAUUUUUUCUGAAAAUGAUCGAUGUUAGAGAAAUAAAAAAUGUGAGGAUCAAGGAGCUAAAUUAAGGGCUCCUUUCAGCAGUGCGAUUCGGUUCCCAAGUUGGUUCUCCAAAAAGAGCCGUUUGUUGGCGUACGACCCAUCACUAGCUGGUAGAUAUAUGACAGUAUAUUCACAUGUAUUUUAUUACUGAGGUGACAUUACAUGUAUAUUAUUGACUGUAUAUUAGGUGGUUAAUUCGUGUAUAAAUGCACCCCGUUUUAACAAGAUAGUUAACAUUAUUUUUAGGGAAGUCACCUGCGUCGUAUACCGUUAAAGUACGGUACAGAGUCCCUGUACCGUUGUUACCAAUUUAGCUACAGUAGCUAUUCAUUCCGUAAUUGUUAAGUUCGCGUCACUGACAUUAUUUACACUAUCGGUUUGUUUAGACAGUUUCAUGCGAUGCCAGUGUUAGUAAACGGCUAGAUAACUAUGUCUUCUAAUUCGAGUUAAUUUAGGCGACAAGGCUGGCUAACUAACUGAAUCUGACACAGCGAGUUGGGACUGCAUUUCGAUAACUACGAGCCACCCACGUGAACUAGACUAAGAUGCAGUCAGGCGGAAAUGUGAUUGAGAGUCACCGUGAAGGGGCGCUUGUGAAAUCAGACAAGGAAGCCUGUUCGAGAUACAUUCCCACUCUGACGACGGAAAACACUGGUCCAACUAUGGCGAAUAAAAAGGCUGGGUUCGGGGACACUGUAGUCAUCAAUGAGAGCAAACUCAGGGCUCCGAGUCCGCGUGGAACAAACGGAGACCAUGACUCUGAAGAGGAAUCGUACCGAGAUGGGCGGUCAGAGGAGGUGGACCGGGACACAAAAAGCAGAGCGUUCGCUUGGUGCCGAGACUUUCUCUCGGGUUCAUGGAAGAGUAUUCCCGAGGCGGAUUUUCGCAUCAGCAUUGUCAGUGGUGGACUCAGUAACCUGCUGUACAUGUGUAGUCUGCCAGACCAUGCCCAGACUAUUGAAGAUGAACCCCGCAGGGUCCUGCUCCGAGUGUACGGGGCCAUCCUGCAGGGAGUCGAUUCACUAGUCCUGGAGAGCGUGAUGUUUGCCAUCUUGGCAGAGAGAGCGCUGGGACCCAGGCUGUAUGGAAUCUUCCCUGAGGGACGUCUGGAACAAUACAUGCCGAGCAAACGUCUUCGUACAGAGCAGCUCUUUGUUCCUGAACUUUCCGCUGAGAUUGCUUCAAAGUUGGCCCGCUUCCAUGGGAUGGUUAUGCCAUUUAACAAGGAGCCCAAGUGGCUGUUUGGGACCAUUGACAGAUACAUGAAUCAGGUGAUGAACUUGAAGUUCACCCGUGAGGCUCAUAUCAAGAAAUUCAACAAGCUGAUUAAGUACAACCUCCCUGCAGAGCUGGAGAGUCUCCGAGUGUUGUUGGCAGCAACCCCAUCGCCAGUUGUGUUCUGUCAUAAUGAUGUGCAAGAAGGUAACAUUCUGAUGCUCGAGAACAGAGACCACUCCACCGAUAAACUCAUGCUAAUUGACUUUGAAUAUAGCAGCUACAACUACAGGGGAUUUGACUUUGGGAACCACUUUUGUGAGUGGUGCUAUGACUACACCUACAACCAGUGGCCCUUCUACAAAUAUACACCUGACAACUACCCAAGCAGGGAACAACAGCUUCAUUUUAUUCGUAACUACUUGGCGGAAGCUGGAGGCUAUUCAGAGAACACCAUGAAUGAGGACCAAGCUCGUAUAGAGCAACAGAUGCUGUUUGAAGCCAAUCGGUUUGCCCUGGCUUCUCACUUCCUCUGGGGCCUGUGGUCCAUCAUUCAAGCCAGGAUAUCCAAAAUCGAGUUUGGUUACAUGGACUAUGCCCAGUCUCGGUUUGAUGCCUACUUCAAGCAGAAAAAGCUAUAUUCCUAACUUCCAUCUUCAAAAGAAUAGAUGGAUUUCUUGGAUUCAACUGUAAUUUUGAGAUCUGCUGAUUAUUCCUGUAUGCGAUGGACCUUGAUGACCCCCCCAAAAAUGUAUUUGUUAUUUGUAGCUUUUCUUAGUUUGGUUAAUUUAUUCAGAUUGUAUGAAGGGAGUUGUUGAAACUGACAGCAGAAUCAUAGUUACUAGGCAGAUUAACCUGUUCAGGUAAACCAAAUCAGGUAAAACACCAACUAAAGAGUCUAAGGUGGCUUUAAAUAUAAUGGAUUGUUUGAACUUGAUUUAGAAUAUACUCUACCCCGUCCAUCUUGUAUUUAGUCCCAGCUUAGCAUGGACAAGUAACAGUAAAGCAGUCUACAUUUCACAAAAUGCACUUAUCUACAGUGGGGAGAACAAGUAUUUGAUACACUGCCGAUUUUGCAGGUUUUCCCACUUACAAAGCUUGUAGAA